AAGAGUCGUUUUAUCAUCUGAUAAAACCCAAGCCUGCAAGUGCAAAGUUUAGGGUUUUAUCUUCUUCACUCUAACUAAGCCACUGAGUUUUCCUCCUCAUCUUCUUCCUAUUCUCUCUUUCUCUCCCUUCUGCUUCAAAUUCAAGAGAAAUGGCCACAUCUCAGCUGACAGCGUCGUCAAUCUCGGCGAGGAACUUGGCGUCAUUUGAAGGCCUCAGACCUUCAAACCUCAAGUUUGGGUCUCCAGUAGGAGUCUCACUUGUAAGCCACAGGUCCUUCCGUGGUCUCGUCGUCAAGGCUGCCACAACGGUCGCUCCCAAGUACACUUCGAUUAAGCCUUUAGGUGACAGAGUGCUUGUGAAGAUCAAAACCGUGGAAGAGAAAACUGGUGGUGGAAUCUUACUCCCAACCAGUGCUCAGACAAAGCCUCAAGGAGGUGAGGUGGUUGCUGUUGGAGAGGGUAAAACAAUUGGGAAGACCAAAGUGGGCAUCAGUGUUCAGACUGGUGCCGAAGUUGUCUACUCCAAGUAUGCUGGGACAGAGGUAGAGUUCAAUGGUUCUAAGCAUCUUAUACUAAAGGAUGAUGACAUAGUUGGUAUUCUUGAAACCGAAGAUGUGAAGGAUCUCAAGCCUCUGAAUGAUAGAGUCUUAAUCAAGGUUGCUGAGGUUGAGGAAAUGACUCCUGGAGGCUUGUUGCUGACAGAGGCAAGCAAGGAGAAACCUUCGAUUGGCACGGUGAUUGCCGUUGGACCUGGUACUCUUGAUGAGGAAGGAAACAAGAAACCAUUAUCCAUUUCUGAGGGGAGCACAGUUUUGUACUCCAAGUAUGCAGGAAAUGACUUCAAAGGCAAAGAUGGUUCCGAGUACAUAGCUUUAAGAGCUUCGGAUGUCAUUGCCAUACUUUCUUAGUUGUCCAAUUAGAUGAGCUCAAUCUGUAUUUUUGAAAUAUCCGGCAGAGUUUCUUCAAGACAUUUCUGAUUACCUAGUUUCAGGGGCUUCAAAUGUCUUUGCUGUACUUUUCAAUGUAAUAACACUUGGAAUAUAAUGAUUGCAGUUGAAACAAUUUCGUUACCAA